AUCCUUACCUCCCGGCGCAUCAGCAACACCCGAAUCACCAAUAUCCCUGGAUUAUCGUCAACAUGGCCCACGCCUUUCAAAUACGCGGUGAACGAUUCCAUAUCCCUCUGGACUCCGAUGACGAGGAAGAUCCCGUCCCUUCGCCGCCCGUCAAGCAGGCCGUCGGCUUUUCAUUCGUGAACGAUGUCCUAGAACGUUCGUCAACCACCCCGAAAGCGCCCGCGCCUCCGACGGUCAAGAACGCGGCGGGGUUUCCGGCGCAUAGGAAACGGAAUCGCACGUCGGCGUUUAAGAAGGCUCGCGGUCAUGGUGAUGGGACUGCGGCGACGACGCAGUCGACAAUACCAGAACGGAGUGAUAGGGUGGCGGAGAAGGGAGUUGCAAAACCAGAGAAGAUACUGUCGGAGAGAGAGCGGAUCGAUCGGGAUAAUCAGCAACGGAUAGCGCAGAUGUCGCCCGAAGAAAUCGAGGCAGAGCGGCGAGAGUUGUUCGCAGGGUUGAGUCCCGCGCUCGUUCAACGACUGCUUCAACGCUCGACGAUUGACGACGAACCUCCGCCAGCGCAAGACUUAGAGACAGGUACAGAUGACCUAGAAGCGUCAGAGGAUCCACCAACGACGUUGCAGGGCAAAAAUCCCCUCCCCUCCGACCCCUCCACCUACUCCCCCUCCAACCCCUCCCUCUCCCUCACCUCCCUCCGUUUCUCCUUCUCCGGCGCCCUUCUCCCCCCCAAAACCGCCUUCCUCCUCCCCUCCAACCUCGGCCUCCACCACCACGGCGACGCCCCCGACGCCGCCGGAUACACCAUCCCCGAGCUAGCGCUGCUCGCAAGAAGUAGCUAUCCGGCGCAGCGGUGCGUCGCGUAUCGGAGUCUAGGCGCGCUGUUGGGGCGGUUGGGGCGGGGAGAGUUCGGGGUGUUGGAUGGAGUGGAUCUAGUAGGCGCAGGGGGAAAAGGGCCAUUGGAGGGGGUGCCCGGGCAGAUUCCGGGACCGGAGCGGGAAGAGUCACAGGAGGAGGGGGAUGAGGAGGAGCAGAUCAACGAAGCGGACCGGGUGAAGGUGCUCGGACAGGAUGGGAAAGUGUAUGAAGGGGUGGACGAGGCGCGGAAGCUGGCGAGAGGGUUGUGGACCGUGAUGACGCGAGAGCGGGUGCUGGAGACGAUUAAGGAGGAGGUGGCGAGGGAGAGCGGACAUCGGAGUGCGAGGGAGUAUGCGCGGGAGGCGCUGGAGGCGUGGGAGGGGGGGUUGAGGGAGGGAAAGGGCAGUGGGAGGAGGAAAGUGAUUAGGGAGGAGGAGGCGGAGGUGCGGGUUGUGAGGAGAGAUAUGGUUGAUAAGAAGGUGGAUCAGGCGACGGAGGGUGGAUAG